UCCUCCCAUCCCAUCUUCUCAGCCAAACAUCUAACUCCCGGUGUUUAAAUCUUCUCUUCUUUUUCUGACCCAGUUGCAAGAAUCUGUCCGAGCUGUCAAUGGCUGUUCUUCUUGGUCCUGCCUUCCGCUGCGUCCUCGGCAGUCUCGGCAACAUGGGCUGGGGUUCUUUGAGGCCGUCAAUGGCCAAAGCCUUCUUCUCCAUCCCCGCCUCUAACAAACUCUGUCGGCCCUUCUCCCCCACCCCCAAGUCCAAAACCCUAAUCCCCAUAAACCCUAAACCCCACGCUGCCCGUCGUCAAGAAGAUAAAAUGCUUGUACUUACCAAGGAUGAACGAGUGGGAUUGGGAAGGAGCGGCGUUGAAUCGGAGGAGGUGGUUUCAGCGAGGUCACAGAGCACGAUUGCUGCAAUCGUCACUUCCUUGGGAGGUCCGCCGGCGGCGGUGGGCAUUGUCAGGUUGUCUGGCCCCUCCGCGGUGGCUAUCGUCUCGCGCGUGUUCAGUCCUGCCGCCAAGAAGAAGAAGAGAAAGGCCUCUGCUUGGCGGCCCACGAGCCACGUCGUCGAAUACGGCGUCAUUUCGGACCGCCACGGCAAUGUCAUCGAUGAGGUAUUGGUGGUUCCAAUGUUGGCUCCAAGAUCAUACACGCGGGAAGAUGUGGUGGAAUUACAGUGUCAUGGAAGUGAAGUGUGUUUGCGUCGUGUACUCAGAGUUUGUUUAGAAGCUGGGGCAAGGAUGGCGGAACCAGGUGAGUUCACCCUCCGUGCAUUUCUCAACGGUCGCUUAGACCUCUCCCAAGCUGAAAAUGUGGGCAGACUUAUUUCGGCGAAGUCCAUAGCUGCUGCAGAAGCUGCUUUAACAGGAAUUCAGGGUGGUUUCUCUUCUUUGGUUAAAAAACUUAGAAUGCAGUGCAUUGAAUUGCUUACUGAAAUUGAAGCUCGUUUAGAUUUUGAUGAUGAGAUGCCACCGCUGGACUUGAGUGGUAUCGUGGAAAAAAUACAUGCCAUGUUGGCUGAGGUUGAGAAUGCAUUGGAAACUGCUAAUUAUGACAAGCUCUUGCAAUCAGGAUUACAGAUAGCAAUUGUUGGUCGGCCAAAUGUUGGGAAGUCAAGCAUCCUUAAUGCAUGGAGCGAGAGUGAGAGAGCAAUAGUUACAGAAAUUGCUGGAACCACACGGGAUGUUGUAGAAGCUAGUAUCUCAUUACGAGGCAUUCCUGUCACCCUCCUUGAUACAGCAGGUAUCAGGGAAACUGAUGAUGUUGUGGAGAAAAUAGGUGUGGAAAGAUCUGAAGCAGUUGCUAUGGGUGCUGAUGUCAUCCUCUUUACUGUAAGUGCUCCUGAUGGGUGGACUAUUGAAGAUGCUAGACUUCUCGAUAAGAUUCAGUCCACUAAGGGUUCAAUAGGGUCUUUAGCACCGGUGAUCCUUGUAAUCAACAAACUAGACUGUGUUCCAUCUGGACUUUCAGAGUGGACUGUUACCCAUGAAAGCACUUUCUAUAAGGUCAUUUUGACUUCUGCUGUUUCUGGAGAAGGAAUACCAGAUCUGGAGGCUGCAAUAUUAGAGCUUGUGGGUCUUAAUAGCAUUCCUUCUGGUGGAUGUAAAUGGACUGUGAACCAGAGACAAUGUGAGCAACUUGUUCGGACAAAGGAGGCUCUUGUGAGGUUAAAGUCGUCCAUAGAGGAGCAAAUGCCGCUUGACUUCUGGACUAUUGAUCUGAGGGAAGCUGCGCUUGCCCUUGGGCAGUUAAGUGGAGAAGACAUAUCGGAAGAAGUCUUAUCCAACAUUUUUGGCAAGUUCUGUAUUGGCAAAUAGCUUCCCAGUUACCAGACUAACCUUUUGUACACAAUUGUAAAUUAUAAAUUCUCAUUAUAGCCAUGAGAUAAAGAGCAAACAAUUAUAGUAAAACGUUUAUGGCAAUGAAGAGCCCGUCCAGGUGAUCAAUGGAGAGCC